AACCAACAAACACACUCACACACACUGAGAUCAACUUUCCUCGUCCCUUACUUUCUACUCCAUCAAGGUACCAACCAAACUACCAAAUGGCAGCCAAGCCAACUGAAGAAGCUCUUCAUGGAGAAACCCUCAAGUACCAGACCUGGGUUUUGAAAGUAUUGAUCCACUGCGAUGGCUGCAAGAAGAGAGUCAAGAAAAUUCUUCAAGGAAUAGAUGGAGUUUAUACAACAGAGGUUGAUUCUCGGCAGAACAAGGUUACGGUCACUGGUAACGUGGAUGCUGAAACUCUCAUCAAGAAGCUUUCAAGAUCAGGGAAGCUAGUGGAGCUUUGGCCAGAAAAACCUGCAGAGAAAAAGGAUAAUAAGAAGUCUGGAAAAUCCAAAGGUGGUGGUGAUGUUAAUAAGGACAAGGAAGACCAAAAGAAUAGUGAACCAGUUCCCGAUGGUGGUUUCAAUGAGGAUUGUGUAGACGCAGCUGGUGAAGAUUCAGACAAAGAAGGUGGAUGUGAGGAAGGGAAUGGUGGUGGUGAAGGUGGCCAAAAGAAGAAAAAGAAGAAAAAGAAGAAGAAGAAGGUGGAAAAUGGUGUUUCUGCACCUAAUAAUGGAGGAGGAGAAGAAGUUAGUAAAGUUGAUGCGUUAGUCCCUUCAAAUUUGGCCUCUUCCUUGGCUCCUAAGGAUCUUAUUAGCCCUCCAAUUCAGCAUGCUUACCCUUAUCCACCUGUGUAUUAUUCAACUCCUCCUGCAUAUGGUUUAAGCUAUAACACAGCAUAUCCUAUCUCUAGUGCUUCAUAUUAUGUUGGUGCCCCCACCAUGCCUAUGCAUGGUUACACUACUGCAUACUCUAGAAUGCCGCCACCUCCUCCACCGUCUGAUCCAAUCAAGCUCUAUGGUGAUGAUGAGGAUGAGUACGAAGGUGGAUAUUGCUCCAUUAUGUGACAAACCACAACAAAAUGGAGGAUGAUGUACUAGCUAGCUUAUUACUUGUUAGUGCUAAUACUCGGGAAGUGGGGAUUUAAAUUUUGUAAUAUGGGCUACGAAAUUAGAAAUUAACUAGUUGAAAAAAAUAAUGGGGACAAAAAAUAAAAAGAGGGUAUUUGCAGGUAUGGAGGGUCUUCAAUGCUUUGUCUUUGUUUCGCUCUCUCUCUCUCUCUCUUUUCUCCCUUGUUAAAAGUACGGCUUUUGGGGUUUGCUAAAGAAAGGCCAAUCUCCUUGUAAUGCAGUGCAAUUUGUA